AGGUGGUGGUGGUGGUAAUGGAAUUGCCGUUUGUGUGGUUGCCCGUGGUGGUGGUGGCGGUGGUGGCGAUGAUCUUGGUUGUGUGGAUCAUGACGUUGGUGGUGGGGGUUGUGGUGGCAUCGAUGGCCAUGGUGGUGGCGGCGGUGGUGGUUGUAAUGGCAGCGUUGUCGGUCGUGGCAGUGGUCACAGUAACGGCGAUCAUGGUGAAGGCGAUAAGCGUAGCGGUAGUAAUGGUGGCGGUGACGGUGGUGACGGUGGUGGUACCAACGCCGACUUAACCGGGCGGCGCAGCAGCAGCAGCAGCAGCUGCACCACCACCACCACCACCAGCACCACAGCCUCCCAGUCCGGCACCACCACCACCACCAGCACCACGACAGCCUCGCAGUCCGGCACCUCGGCACGGAGCCUCACGGAGGAAGAGACGAGGCUGUUCAUGCGCGAGUACAUCGACACCAUCUUCAUCGGAGGGACGGACAUGGGACAGGAGCGCAAGGCCUGCUUUGGGCAGCUCUGCCAGGAGCCCCUCGGCUGUGGCAGGGAGUGGUUUUCACGGCUCAUCUGUGCACAGAGGUGCAUCUCCAAGUGCGUCUCGGAGCAAACGUUCUACCGCCUUGUGCAGUCAUUCGCUGUCGUGCUGUUCGAGUGCAAUGCGCUGGAGGAUUUUGUGCCGGCCAAGAAUCUGAUGACAAUGUGCUUCACAUUCUACCACGUGGGCCGUCCCGCCACGGCCGUGGACGGCGCCGACCGGGGCCGCCGCCGGGGAUGGCGGCCGCCACCUCCUACACCGCCGGGGAUUGUGGGUAGCAGCUGGCCAAAGUGGGGAGACAAAGGUGGCGGUGGCGGUGGUGGCAGCCGCACGCUGAGCAGGGAGAGCUUCAUGGAGAUGCUGGGGCUGGAAGGACGGAGCAAGACGCCUGCCAAGACUGUCAGGAACGGAAACGUGGAGAGGGUACCAGUGGAGGCGGCCAGGGAGCAAGGCAUCAAGAUUUACCUGUACACCCAUCUCAAGCAGCAGCCUAUCUGGUAAGGCCGCGGCCUUCACGGCGAUCAUCGUCAUCAUCGUCGUCAUCGUGAUCAUUCGCACGAUCGG